AAAGAUUGCAUAUAUCUGACAAGAAGCUGGCUGUGAAGUUCAAUUAAUGGCUAGCAAAAUCUCCAUUUGGCGUUUGGGUCACGAACUAUGGCUGCAGUGAACCUUAUGCACAGUGUAAAUAUGGCCAUCGUGUAAAAAAAUUCAGCUUCGUACAAACCAGACUUCCUCUAACAAUGUCAAGCACCUAAAAGCGCAUCAUAAGUCUGAUUACAAAAAGUUCUUAUGCGAAAGUUUAUCCCAACCAAAUUGAACUUAAUUCUUUGAAGAGUGUCACAUAUACCUUGAGCGUAAACCGUUCGGCUUAUGCAGAAGUCUUCUCGAAUACUACAAAAGUAAGACAACAGUGAUGAAACAGCUCAAUGUUUCCAUUGAUCUUCUACUACCUUCUAGUGUUGCAGAAUCGCUUCACUUCCGCGAGUUUUGUCGAACCAUCGAUAGCAGUAAGAGCAAGAUGGUAAACUAUACUUGAAAAACAUUUUGUUUAACAGAUGGACGAGUACUACGGUAAGUUUGAGGAUCAGAUGAUGUAUACACAUGAGAGAACUUCAAAAGUCAACGUUUUGCUGGAUAUUUGGACUUCUGCUGCCACCAAAAACUUAUCUGGCAAUUUAUGUUUCUUUCCGUCCAAAUUUGGACUACUUAGAGCAAUACUCAUUAAAGCACAAGGUGGCCAGUAUUACUAUCGAUAACGCAACGAAUAAUACAGCCACGCUGAAUCUGAAAGAGCCUGAACUGAUGGGAGAUGGAGUCAAUGUAGAGGGAGGGAUUGUGAAAAUUUGAUGUUUGAAUCAUGUGUUGAACAUUAUCUUCAAGACGAUGGUAGAGAAAUUCGAGAAGCGGAACCAGGGAGUUGUAGCUCUGAUUGAUCACCUAACGUCAAAAAUCAAGUUCAAUGUAUUUUUGAGUGACCACUUCAAAAAGUUCUUUACAAAAAUUAUACCAAAGCACAAUGAGACGAGACUUGUGUCAAGACACAGACAGUUUUCUACUUUCCUCACAGUUACAAGAAAUCUCAACUGAAAAGAGAAGAUAAAGAGCUGUUUCUUUAUGAAUCAGAGGACAUUAUGCCGCCUAAAUUAUUCUUGAAGUUAACAAACCUAUUCUUUCAGCUGACCAUGGCAAUGCAAGAUGAUAGAAUGAAUAAUUUGCCAGUUUUAUACGCAGCUUCAUUUGUUUUUUGAGGCUUGUACCAAAAUCUCCGAAGGAGAUACAACCGCUGCAACCUUAAAAACCGCUGGGCUCAGAAUAAAGCACCCUGAUGAAGCAAUUGAUAGUUGCAAAAUGGAGACAUUGGACGCAAUCAUCUCCUCGAAGCCAUUGUUUAAUAAAUAUUACUCUCUUGCAACCGCUGAGACAGCUUUUUGGGUUGCACACGCUCUAAGGCCUGAUAUGAAAGUUCAAUCUCUAUCAAAAAUAGUAGAUCCUGAAAUGGUGCAAGAUGUGAUGACAAGGGUGUUCAAUUAUAUUGACUUUUACAUUGGCUGUCAGAAGUCUCGAACGCUUACGUCAACAAUGGGUG